AAUUUGGGAGGAGUGUCCGGGGGGCAGCAACUUAAAAGGGGGUGGGACUGCAGCUAAGGAGACGUUCGCUGAUGGGAGCGCAAUGUAUGAGGGGCUACGGUGCCUCAGGUUUAAAAGAGCAGGAAGCUGAGUGAGAGCUUGGAGAAAAAGUGCCUUCGCUAGGCGGAGGUUACAGGUGGUGUCUCCGAAAGAGCUCUGAGGCUGCAGGCUGUAGUCGCGAAGAGAAUCAGAGUUGUGUGGAAGGGAGGGACAGCUUGGGGGGCUAGGGUACGGGGCGAGGGGGAAGUCGGAGACUUUCUGAGGACUGGCAGGAAUGUGCCUCCUGGCCCUGGGUGCUUCCCCCCUGGGGGGCGGCAUCGCGAGGGACUUUGGCAGGCUCCUCUGAACGCUGAGCGACAGAGGUCCAGCUCCACGUAUGGAUCCUGGGAAUGAGAAUUCAGCCACAGAGGCUGCCGCGAUCAUAGACCUCGAUCCCGACUUCGAACCCCAGAGCCGUCCCCGCUCCUGCACCUGGCCCCUUCCCCGACCAGAGCUUGCUACUCAGCCGUCCGAGCCGUCCGAGCCGCCCGAGGUGGAUCCAGGUCUGGAAGAGAAGGUACACACGGAGGGGCGCUCAGAGCCAAUCCUGUUGCCCUCCCGGCUCCCAGAACCGGCAGGGGGCCCCCAGCCCGGGAUCCUGGGGGCUGUUACAGGUCCUCGGAAGGGAGGCUCCCGCCGGAAUGCCUGGGGAAAUCAGUCAUAUGCAGAGCUCAUCAGCCAGGCCAUUGAAAGCGCCCCGGAGAAGCGACUGACACUCGCCCAGAUCUAUGAGUGGAUGGUCCGCACUGUGCCCUACUUCAAGGACAAGGGUGACAGCAACAGCUCAGCAGGAUGGAAGAACUCGAUCCGCCACAACCUGUCCCUGCACAGCAAGUUCAUCAAGGUCCACAACGAGGCUACCGGCAAGAGCUCCUGGUGGAUGCUGAACCCCGAGGGGGGCAAAAGCGGCAAGGCGCCCCGCCGCCGGGCAGCCUCCAUGGAUAGCAGCAGCAAGCUGCUCCGGGGCCGCAGCAAGGCGCCCAAGAAGAAGCCAGCUGUGCUGCCAGCUCCGCCCGAAGGUGCCACUCCGACGAGCCCCGUUGGCCACUUUGCCAAGUGGUCAGGCAGCCCUUGCUCUCGAAACCGCGAGGAAGCCGACGUGUGGACCACCUUCCGUCCACGAAGCAGUUCGAACGCCAGCACUGUCAGCACCCGGCUCUCCCCGCUGCGGCCGGAGUCCGAGGUGCUGGCGGCGGCGGCCGCGGCGGCGGAGGAGAUGCCAGCCUCAGUGAGCAGCUAUGCAGGGGGCGUCCCUCCGCCCCUAAAGGAAGAUCUGGAGCUGUUAGAUGGGCUCAAUCUAACACCUUCCCAUUCCCUGCUCUCCCGGAGUAGUCUCUCUGGCUUCUCUUUGCAGCAUCCUAGGGUUCCGGGCCCCUUGCACACCUACAGCACCUCCCUCUUCAGCCCAGCAGAGGGGCCGCUGGCAGCAGGAGAGGGGUGCUUCUCCAGCUCCCAGUCCCUGGAGGCCCUGCUCACCUCCGACACACCACCCCCCCCUGCCGAUGUCCUCAUGACCCAGGUAGAUCCCAUUCUGUCCCAGGCUCCCACACUUCUGUUGCUGGGGGGCAUACCUUCCUCCAGUAAUGUGGCCACAGGAGUGGGCCUGUGUCCCAAGCCUCCAGAGGCUCCAGGCCCCAGCGGUCUGGUUCCCCCGCUUCCGAUGAUAGCACCGCCUCCAGUCAUGGCGGGGGCUCCCGUCCCCAAGACCCUGGGGACUCCUGUGCCUACACCUUCUACCGAAGCUACAAGCCAAGCCAGAAUGCCUCAGGAUCUCGAUCUUGACAUGUAUCUGGAGAACCUGGAGUGUGACAUGGAUAACAUCAUCAGUGACCUCAUGGAUGGGGGCGAGGGACUGGACUUCAACUUCGAGCCAGAUCCCUGAGCCAUGGCUGGAAGCUUUGUCCCCUGCCUCGGAGGUGGAGCCAGGGGUGCCCAUACCCACUUUUGACCCCUGACCUCACCCCGGGAAUUUGGGAUCCUACUUUAGAGCUAGGGUGAGAUCUACUCACACAGGUGUUGAGGAAAUUAUAAAGAUAAAGCUGCCCCGUGUAGGAACUGUGGGGGGAGGGAAAGGGAGGGGGUUUAUUUUCACUGUGCCAAUUAGGGGUAAGGCCCCCUCUUGGGAGCCAUCCUCGGCUCCCCCAUUCCCACCCCCUAGGUUUUGUAGCAGGGGCGAGCAGUGCUGUUGGAAAUGUGAAGUCACCAGUGGCCUUACCUCUGCCUUUGGGAGCAGGAUUUUUUGUAGCAUCUUAUCUGAGCUGGUCCAGGCUACGCUGAGCCUGGGGUUUGUAUGCAGUGGCCUCUUAGGCCAGUGGUGGGGGGUGGGGGGCGGGGUAGCGGGGACCUGGAAGGGCCAAGGUCUGAGCACUGGAGUGGCUCACCAGGCCAAAUGACCCUUGGAAGACUGCAGAUAACAGAAAGGCUUUUUAUAAACUUUUAAAGAACUAUAAACACAAAAUAUAGAGAUUUUUAACAGUGGCAAGGUGCUAGUGAUGGAGAGAAUGCUUUCUUUUUUUCCUUUCUGAAGGCUUUGUCAUAGUGACAUGUUGCAAACACUACAGAGAUUACUGGGGGAAACCUGGGGAAGGGGAAGGGGGGUAGGGUCCGGGGAGCAGCAGUGGGAAGCAGCCCCGAGCAAGGGGAGGCCCCCACGUGGGCCAGGUCUAGAGCAAGGUCGGUGCAGAACUAGCUCAGUUUCUCUACCACAAAAGCUCAGCCAGCCUCCUGCCUUCAGCCACCUCAUGCCUAGGAGUGCGUGGUAUUAGGAUGCAGCCACACUCUCCCUUGACCCGCUACGGGUUAGUGUGACAGUGGGGGAGCGCAUGGAAGGCCUGGAAUUAGUUUGUGGCCUGGGAAGGGGUGGGAGGGGGAAGAGAAGGAGGGAAGGAUUUAGGGUGGUAAAGUUAGGCACAGAGACCUCCCUGUUCAAGGCCCCUGACAGCUGUCCCUGCCCUUCUUCCCCCUUGCCUGACUACAGGGGUUAUGUGGAAGUGUGUGUGGUGGCAGGCAGGGGGAGGGGCGGGACAGGGAAGGGGGAGCUGGGGAGCUUGGCUGAGGGUCUGGGAAAUGAGCCUGGAUGGAGGGGAAUGUGGAUCAGGUUUACUAGCACCUGCCAGGGAGGCCAUCUGGGGCUCCUCCACCCCAGCCCCCAAAGCAGCCCCUCCCCCAGUCCCCUUUGCAUUGUCCCCUCCCCCACCCCUGCUGUGGGUUCCCAUCAUUUCCUGUGUCAGUGCCUGGCCUACCCAGAUUGUAUCAUGUGCUAGAUUUGAGUGGGGUAGUGUGUCAAAUCAAUAAAUGAAUAAAUUCAAUAAA